AGACACCGAACCGAAAGCCACCGAGAGCUACCCUCGCCAGGCCAAAUCUACUGCCGACCAGGCACCGAGCACCCUCCACCCACCCACCAAUACCAGCGGCAGUAAAUUCCGAUCAGCUGCUGCGGAGGCUCGAGGCCCUCCCUCCUCGCCCCCCGCACCCGUCUCCUCCUCCUAGGGUUUGCCCUCACCUCGCCGGCGCGUCGCCUCGCCUCGCCAUUGCCGCGGGUGCUCGCGCGGGGCGUUCCGCCGCUCGGGGCCCGCCGAAUCGAGCCUCGCCGGAGCUGUUCGCGCUGAUUCGUGCGGGUUUUUUUGGCUUUUUGCGGCUCGGCCUACGGGAGGCUCCGGGUGGGAAGGGUUUGACGCUUGUGGGGGGUUUGGAUCGAGGGCCCUGAGCUGCGUGUCCGCAAUGCCGGGCUGGUCGGGCGGCGAUUGCUAGGGUUUUCUCGGCGGAUUUCGCGGGGGAGAGCUGAGGUCUGCUUCGGGCGCGGGAGCUGUCUGCAAUCCGCCGCGUGCCUUGGCCCGAAUUCGGUGUUUCCCCAGCAAUGCCUCGCCGAUUUGAGCUCCCUCUGAGGUCCUGAAGGGCGAAGGGGUUGCCGGGUGGGUUGUGAUUGCGAGGAGUCGGUGGCUCGGGUGCAAUGUCCGGGGCUGGCGCGAGGGGGCGGCUGUCGCCGGCGUCAGGCGGCGCUGGGGACUCCGAGCCGCGGUCCGUGGGGAGCAGGACGCGCUCGGUGUCUGCUACUCGCGGGCGGAAGCCGUCGCCGAGGCCCGGGAGGGAUGUGACUGCGGCAGCGGCGGCAGCGGAGGAGAAGAAGCCGGCUGGCGUGCCCACAUUGCUGCCCUCGCUCAGCGCGCCCGCGGGGAUGCGGCGGCAGGAGCUGCUGCUGCGCUCGGGUCUGUCCCUUGACGCGUCCUGCUCCUCGGACGCGUCCACGGACUCGUUCUGCAGCCGGGCGUCCACGGGGCGGAUUGGGAGGCCGUCGUUUGGGGCGAGGAAGAAGAAGACCCUCUCUCAGACCGAUUACAAGGCUGUUUCCAUGCUGGAAAGGGAUGGUGGAUUGGCUUCCCAGACUGAUGCUGCUGGUGUGAAGAGGAGGUGCGCCUGGGUGACAGCAAAUACUGAUCCCUGUUAUGCUGCGUUUCAUGAUGAAGAGUGGGGAGUUCCAGUACAUGAUGACAAGAAGUUGUUUGAGUUGCUAGUGCUGUCAGGUGCAUUAGCUGAACUUACAUGGCCAGCAAUUCUGAACAAGAGAGCCAUGUUCAGGGAAGUUUUCAUGGAUUUUGACCCAGUAUUGGUCUCAAAAUUAAGUGAGAAGAAAAUUAUUGCACCUGGAAGUCCUAGCAGUUCCUUGUUGUCUGAACAGAAACUGCGUGGUGUUAUUGAAAAUGCACGCCAAAUACUCAAGAUUGUAGAGGAAUUUGGAUCGUUUGAUAAAUACUGUUGGAGCUUCGUGAACCACAAACCUAUAUUGAGCCGGUUCAGGUACUCUCGUCAAGUGCCCGUCAAAACAUCAAAAGCAGAUGCCAUAAGUAAAGAUCUGGUUCGGAGGGGUUUCCGCAGCGUUGGCCCAACAGUCGUGUAUACCUUCAUGCAAGUCUCAGGCAUGACCAACGACCACCUCAUCUCCUGCUACCGAUUUACUGAAUGUGCGGCGGCCUCUGCUGGUGCUGCUAAACCUACUGAUGGAAGCGAAGCGAGUUCAAGUGACAGCAGCCAUGCCACGACGGAGCUGAAGAUGGACGGGACAAAUGGACUGGCUGCUGAUAUCGAACUCUCCAGGACUAUAGAUGAGCUCAGCAUUUCAUAGUGGUUAUUAGGAGGGGUGCUGGAGCGAGGUGGUCUUAGCUUGUGUAUUCUGUGUGCUGUAGUUGUAGGUGUGAUUCGACGUUCUUUUCCCAUAGUUUACCACUUGUCAAUGUAGGGUAGAACAAUCGUAGUCUUGGGCGUGUCAGGACAAUUGAACCGACAGCAGUGUCAUGAUGUAUAUUCUUUGUGGUGCGAGUGCAACCUGUUUGCCUGAAAUUUGAGCCGGCUUGUCGUUGUCUUAAA